GGGAAUCUAUAACCAACAUAUACGACAGUCACACAAUCGAAUGCAUGCAUUAGAUCAGCAAUAUCGAAACUGAAAAAUCACCGAAGUUCGAAACACCCUUGAUGAUGUAAGCACCGGGCUGAGUUCCAAAUGCUAUGAUGUCGAGUUUCAGGAGUAUUACAUCUUAGAAUUGUCGACCAAACGCGGAGUCGGAAAAUUUACCAUCACUCGAAUUUAUACGCAGCGCGGAAAAGUAUGUCGAACUCAUCCAAUCAGCCCGCGUAUCAACGUUUUGAUACAGCAGAGAUUCUGGCAGAAUUCCUGGACUCUCCUUCGGAUCAUCAUAACUUGGCUACUACGGACUCUAGCCCUGUUGUAUCGCCCAACUUUCUAUCACAGCUAGUGAUGCAUAAUGAACCACAAUACCUCAACCCCCUUCAGCCUGGUUGCCCCUCACCACCAGACAGCGAAAGAACAAACACACCUUCUCCCUUUGCAACUCACACCGUUCAAACACGCGAUACCCUCCCAGAUGGGAACUUCGUUUGCGAACCCCUUAUUCCGAGUGCUGGACCGUCCGGUGCGGAUUUACGAGCGCCUUGUCAGUACCAGACUUUCAGCCUUCCGCGUGAUCGUGUAGGAGGAACCAAUUUUGUCCGAUACUCAGAUAGAAGAGUUCAGGUGACCCAUGCCCAUUGCAAUGAAGCGAAUAUCAAGAUCCUUAAUCCGCGGGCAGAGUACGACAAAGUGCAGAGAAAGCACGGACAUAGAGGGAAAUUUUCAGAGCAAAGAGUAGCAAAAGGAAAGGUUGAGAUGGAAAUAGACACACAGCUGCCUCUUCGUCAACUAGAAGUUUAUGUGUUGCGUGAUUUUGAAGCUGAAAAGAAGCUCUUCGCUAAAGACCCAAAAGCAUACGGAGUAGGAGAGAUACGAUUUCUUGAGAAGGAUGUCCAAGAAAUUAAUACUCCUGGUCAAAACCCCAAGUACGUUUGCAAAAUCGACCUUGACUCCGUGUACAAAACAGAGGAUGGUAAGGAGAUUUACCGACUGGAAAAGACGAGAGGCUUAGAAUACAACCGAUUCCUUCUAAAAGUCUUCCUCGAGUUAAACAAUGGACAGAGGUUGGUCCUUUUCCCUUAUGAGUUUGUACUAAAGAGCAGCAAGACCGUGAAAGUUCCGAGGGAACCUCAAAGUGUCCUCUCGCCUCAAACAGCUUGCUCUUUAACCUCUCCUCGUCAAGUUCCUUCAGAUAGCCGGUAUGAAAGCUUUAUAUGCCAACAAAUCGAAGCGGAUAUAGCUAAGAUAAAAGACCUCGAAGUUGAACAGAUAAAAACAGCGAACCACGACAUCGCUUACUACGUCAAACGGCAGAAUGAAAGUCAAUUUGAGGAAGGUGACGUGGUGGGAUUCUUUGAAAGAAAAACAGGAGGCACUGUUAUCGAUUUCUUGACCAGUGAUAAUGCUCAUGAAGCCCGGCUGGCUGGUGUAAUAAGUAGGUCAGCGUACCUAGUCGGGAACACAGGGCAAUAUGACGAAGAAGAAGAUGAUGCUGAUCUUGUGUGCAUCAUCGGACAGAUUAAAGUGAAAGUCAUUGGCGAAGUGAGACCUGGACAACUGGUUUACGCUUGCCCCAGUAAUAAGUUCCCAGGGGUGGCAAUUGCCACACCAGAACAAGGAGACGAUCGACGAACCUUGAUCGGCUAUGCUAUGGGUGGAUCGUCUGGUCCCGGGGUUUCCAAGGUGGACUGCAUUGUGUCUUUAGUACUGAGCAUCGGUGCGCAGGAGCAGUUACGAGCGUUGGAUCAAAUGAGACUAAGUAUCGAGGAAGUGAGGGAAAACCUGUACACUAGUAUAGAUACAGUUGGUUUUAGAAUUGCAAGAAUGCAAAGAGGCUGGAGAGGGUUGUGGAAAAAACUGCUUGCAGUAACUGUAUUCCUGGCAAUCGCAUCUGUCGUUUGUGCCCUGAUGUUAGCUCCAAGUUCUCCAUACGUCAAAGCCAAGUGCAGAGCUAAUAGUAUUAAAGACCACACGCUCACCUUUAAAUUCUAUCCUAAGGAUUCGGACGACGAAGUUAUUGUGAAAGGGUUGGAGUUUACAUGGGAAAAGCUGAAAAAGAAAUUAAGCCUGAGAUUCGACAAAAGAAAUGGAACAGAGAAAGACCGUUACUUUCUGAACAAGAUUCGCUGUGAAACCGGUGGAAUUCGUUCUGUUGCAUCAUGGCUUGAUCCGUCACCAGUGGAACCCAAGGUCAAUGUGCUUGCCGUAGAUCCUACCUGUGAGAGGGUCUUCUACCACAGUCGGAAGGAUGGGAAAUGGCAACAGUACCACGCUGUGGAAGAGGUUCAUUGUCAUCCAGCGUCAGUUCAUUAACAAAAAACUCUCAGAAGUAGAUAUUGUAUCUUCGGUUUUCAUGCAAUGUUGGUGAUUGUUGCUGUUGUGGUAACUGGAUUUUCCGUUAUGAUAAGUAGAUAACAAUAAUGUCGAAAGAAGAAUUUAAUAAUUUUACUUGUUCAUUAUCUCGGUAAAAGUUUCAAUUUCUCGUGGAUGUUUGUACAUUUAAAGACACUGGCAAUGACCGACUGAAUCAAAGGUCGGAAUGUUUCGUUAGCGAUCGAGCGAAGUAGACCUAGGGUAAUAGGAGCGCUACGUAAUUUGAGCCACAAACACUUAAAAGCAAUAGUUUCAUUUGCUGUGUUGAUUUGAAAACAGACCUGGCCUUCAAGAGUGUGAAUGUUUUACUCUCGACAUGGUUUUACAGGGAACCAGCAGUGCAGAAAAACGUAUAUUUUCAACCUUCAGAACAAAUAUAGGAGCCGAAACGUACUCCCUCGAGGGAGAUGUGAAAUUGUGAAGUAAAACCCAGAUGACGCCAGAUGUUAAAUAAACGCAGAAGUUAGGUAUCUCAAAAAGAAAAACGUCGUAAUUUUGAGAGUCUUGCGCAUAUCCACUAUAUGAAUUGCUUUAGUGAUACCAUAGGCGCCUCUUGAAAUUAUCAUCAACAUAGAUAGCAUGUAGAUAGACUUUAAUUUUAAAAGUAGGAGUAUUUUUGUCAAUAUUUUAUACCAGUGUAGUGAUAGGAACAGUUUCUGGUAAAACAAGAAACCUGAUGGAUUUUUA